AUGCACACCGUCUUUCGUGUCGGCGAAAUUAACAGAAUUGACGAUAAUAGUCCACUUUACCAAGUACAGCUAACCCUGACUUCCGAUGAUGAUGAACAACUUCGCACUCUUACCAAUCGAAUACGAGAAGAAACUGUAGGUGUGACAGGAUGGGACAGCCUGAGCGCACUAUUAGUGAAAGUAGGCCAAUUUGAUAAGGCUGAAGAAUUAUGCAAAAUACUACUCGAUCAGUCAUCUUACGAGAUUGAAGACGCACGUUAUUAUCAUAAUCUGGGAAUCAUCAAAAAUAAUCAAGGUGAUUACGAUAAGGCUAUUUGUUGGUAUGAAAAAGCACUUGAAAUCUACGAAAAAACCAGUCCUCCACAUCAUCCCAGUUUAGCUACUUCCUAUAACAACAUCGGUUUGGUUUAUAAGAACAUGGGAGAGUACCCGAAAGCACUUUUGUUUUACAAAAAAGCACUUAAUAGCUUCGAAAAAAUUCUUCCUUCAGAUCAUCCUGAUUUCGCUCGAAUCUACAGCAACAUUGCUUUGGUACAUUACAGCAUGGGAGAGUACUCCAAAGCACUUUCGUUUUAUGAAAAGCCACUUGGAAUUCUACAGAAAACUCUUCCUCCAAAUCAUCCCUUGUUAGCUACUUCUUACAAUAACAUCGCUACGCUAUAUUACAACAUGGCAGAGUACUCGAAAGCACUCUCAUUUUACGAAAAAGCACUUGAUAUUGGACAAAAAACUCUUCCUUCAAAUCAUCCGAAUUUGGCGCAAUCCUACAACAGCAUCGCUGGAUUGUAUUACAACAGGGGAGAAUACUCCAAAGCUCUAUCAUUGUACGAAAAAUCACUUGAAAUUCAACAAAAACCACUUCAUUCAAAUCAUCCUGAUUUGGCUACUACUUACAACAACAUCGGUUUGAUAUAUGAUAGCAUGGGAGAGUAUUCAAAAGCACUUUCAUCUCACGAAAAAGCACUUGAAAUUCGACAAAAAUAUCUUUCUCCAAAUCAUCCUAAGUUUGCUGAAUCCUACAACAACAUUGCUGGACUGUAUCACAGCAUGGGAGAGUACUCCAAAGCACUUUCGUUUUAUGAAAAAGCACUCGCAAUUCUACAGAAAACACUUUCUUCAAAUCACCCUUCGUUGGCUACUGUCUAUAACAACAUUGCUGCAUUAUAUUACAAAAUGGGUCAGUGCUCCAAAGCACUUUAG